CCCAGCUUUGUAGCCGUGGAUAUGUCGUUAGGGGUUAAAAGCGGACACUGACUACUGAAAAGAAAGAAUAUUAACGUGCAAAUAUUGUGGCACUGGUUCGUGUUGCCGUUAUGGAGUUUGGAGCAGCGAGGGAAGCGGCGUACUGAAGUGGAAGCUGAGCUUUUUAAAAAGGGAAUGCGUUAUGCGUCCCAAACCAAAGGCUACGUUAACUUAGGAUUGGACAUGGAUGAUGUCAAUGGGUAAUACGAAAAGGACAUUUGUUUGAUGAGCGUUUGAGAGCUCAAGCAAGACAGGAACGGGUCUGGUUCGAGCACUGUGGCCACACUGGAAGCUGUGUAUUAUUUAAAUGGUCAAUGCACUACUAUCACACAGGAAAGCCUCUCCGUCCGCAUUGCUUUGACGAAAAAGGCAACCGUCCUCCCGGUAACGUUGUACUGGUGACAUAACUUAACUCGUCCACCACCAUGGACAUGCUGGAGUGUCCGCUCUGUCUCUUCUUGAUGUGCGAGCCGGUGACCAUGUCCUGCGGUCACACGUUCUGCCGGAGAUGCGUGGGGGGCUACCUCCCGUCCAAAUGCCCGUCGUGCAAAGAGAGGUUAAAACAAAGGGAGGUGAAAAGCAUGAAGAACAACGUUUUGCUCAUCAGUGUCGUUGAGAAGUGCUGCCCCGACGAGACAAAGAUGAAGUGCCAUGUACAGGAGAAGCUCAAAGCCAACGAGUUCACAGAAGCUUUACGCAUCGCGAACAAGGGGCUAGACUUGGUCCCAGAUGAUCAGAAUUUGAAGGUGUACAGAGCUGAAGCGAACUGGGGCCUGAUGCGUUUCUCUGAUGCGCUGACUGACCUCGACUACCUCUGCUGCCUUCGUCCUAAUUGGACCGAGGGCUUCUUUCGUAAAGGGAACGUGCUGCUGGAAAUGGGUCAGCAGACAGAGGCCCUCAUCCAGUUCCACCGAUGCCUAAAUCUUCAAGCUGACUUUGUUCCUGCGAAGAGCCAGAUCAAGAAGAUCCUGGAGGCGGGGGGCAUGGCAGUGCCGGAUGAGGUGUCCUGCAUCUUGCAAGUGGUGUCCGAGUACCUGAAAAAGCCCUGCCCAAUCACCAGCCUCAGCGGCUCCCAGGGGCCAACUCACACUGAGGGCCUCAGACAUCCACAAGGCGAUGACGGAGAGGGAAAAGGGAAGAGGGACGCACACCAGGGCUCCAAGGUGAAGCAUGACGCGGGUACUGAGUGCUGCCUCAGCCUCUGCCAAGCUGUUUCCUUUCUCCCUGCUGCUGAGGAGGACGAGGAGAUGAUGACAAGGAAGGAAGAUGGGCAUGGCAGAGGUGGAAGUAGUCACUGCAGAGAGAAAACUCUGGGUGUCCUCACUGUGUCAGACUUUGAGUGCCCUCUCUGCAUUAGGUUGUUUUUUGAGCCAGUCACUACUCCCUGUGGCCACACCUUCUGUAAAAACUGCAUAGAGAGGAGUCUGGACCACAACCUCCGAUGUCCACUCUGCAAACAGCCACUGCAAGAGUACUUUAAAAACAGGAAGUACAACCCCACAGUUCUGCUACAGGACAUCAUGAUCCGACUUUUUCCCUCACAGUUAGCUGAGAGGAAACAGGUCCAUGAUGCUGAGAUGGCUGAACUGUCCAAUCUUACUAAGGACAUCCCUAUAUUCGUUUGCACGGUGGCCUACCCUGGAGUGCCCUGCCCUCUGCACAUCUUCGAGCCUCGUUAUCGGCUAAUGAUGCGCCGCUGCAUGGAGACUGGCACCAAGAAGUUUGGCAUGUGCAGUUAUGAGCAUGGGAAGGGGUUUGCAGACUACGGCUGCAUGUUGGAGAUACACACUCUGGAGCUGCUGCCUGAUGGACGGUCCUAUGUGGACACAGUGGGUGGCAGCAGAUUCAGGGUGCUAAAGAGAGGUCAGAGAGAUGGCUACCACACCGCUGAUAUAGAGUACCUGGAGGACCUCAAGGUUGAUGGCAGUGAGUUGGAGCUUUUGCAUCAUCUCCAUGACAGCGUGUACCAGCAGGCUCAGGACUGGUACCAGCGCCUUGGUGGUCGCAUUCGCGAGCAGAUCAACAGACAGUAUGGCACCAUGCCAGAGAAGGAGGAAAACAUUCAGGCCUCGUCCAACGGUCCGGCCUGGUGCUGGUGGCUGCUGUCUGUUCUCCAGCUGGACCCUGCCUAUCAAACCACUGUCCUCUCCCUGACCUCACUCAAAGAGCGCUUGGGACACCUCCGCCUCGUCCUUGAGUACUUCUCUCAGAGCUAGACCCCGCAGCACAGUGGUAUUGUAGCCACAACUAGCUGAGAGUCAAAUAUAUUUCUCACAAACACGCAAAUGUAGUGAAAUCAAAGAAUGCAUUCACACCGCAGGAGUUGGGGUUGGGUUUUGGACUAUGAAGGACUGUCUUAAAAAGUCACAGCUCAAGGCCAAAUCAUCUGGUCAAUAGGAGAAAGAUGUUGGUUGUCUUACUAAAGAGGGUUUUUGCUGUUUGAGUUCACAUUUGUUAUCUUUUUUUUUUACAACAUUUUCUUCCCCGGGAAUUCAAGUUUUCACAGAAGUUUCUGAAUAUAUAUUGUACUUGAUGUACCAGUAAGACCAACAAGGUUGACCAAAGAUGCUUCUUAUUUAGGUCCAUUAAAAGUGGUAAAUUAUUA